UUUGCAAACUCAAUCCCUCCUUUUUCAACCGCCGUGGGACCGGAGGCGUGGCUCCAACGAGGCCGCACUACUGAGGCAUUCGUAGCUGCCUACAAACCCCGAAUGGAGCAGUUUGUGCGAGCCAUUGAAAGGGCCGAAGCACGAUCAGAACCAGGCGGGACUCUAAAUGGUAAACCCCUUUCUAGCUUGAUGCGAGAGUCAUGGGAUACUAGAAGAUUCUGGUUUGAUUACGCGAUACGGAAGCCUUUCGAUGUGGAUGACGUCUUUUACACUCACUUAAACGAGGGCGAUGCUGGUGUUGAAUCACUGGACAAGAUUGCGCGUGUACACUUAGAGUCGUUCAUUCAGAUGAAGAUGGGGCAGAUGAAGGCAUAUGACGAGGAGUGUGCUGGGUUGGAUUUGUGA